AUGUUUUUUUCCCAAGUAAAUUGCGCUUCCGAAGGUUUGCAGGAGAAAGAUGAUGUAAAAGCAGUCAAUCAAAUUAUUGAUGCCAUAACAAUACUAAGGAAGUUUGACCAACUUGUCCGAAAUUGGACUGACGAUUGGAAAGGAUGGUUAUUAUUGGCGGUGAAUUAUCACUGGAAGAAACGACACUGUGCCGAAAUGAAGAGACAAUGCAUAGUGAUUGACUCCAUGAGAGAUUGGAGUAGAAGAACUACCGGGAGUUGGGAACUACCGGGAGAAAGAAAGUUGGUUCUGGGCAUUGGUUGCCAAAUGCCAAACAUCAUCAAUACACAUCCAACCAGAAAAUGCGAAAUAGUGGUUGGAUGUUUGGGAAAUGACGAGGAAGAUUAUUCUGAAGGAAAUCAUUCAAGUGAUCCUUCAAAUGUGCUUGACUUUUUGUUGAAGAGCUUUUCAUCAAAAGAUUCAUCAUUAGAUUCAUCAUUGGAUUCAUCAAUGGAUUCAUCAUUGGAUUCAUCAUUGGUUUCAUCAUUGGUUUCAUCAUUGGUUUCAUCAUUAGAUUCAUCAUUGGGUUCUUCAUCCAAGGAUACUUCAUCUAAGGAUACUUCAUCCAAGGGUUCUUCAUCCAAGGGUUCUUCAUCCAAGGACUUUUCAUCGACAGAUUGUGUCUUUUCAUUAGAGGGAUUAAUUGCUAAAAUAAAAAAAGUAAGAAAAAAUGGUUAG